CCAUUUACUCCGGCAAAAAAGGCUCCCAAAUCUUGCUCUCUUUCCAUCCCCACCCCGUCCCACCACCUUCUCACCUCUCCCUCUCAUAAAUAGAAAGGGAGAAAAUAAAGGGAUUGCGCUCAGAGAAAUAAAAAUAUAAAGCCCGAAGGGAAACGAAUCAUAUUAAAAAAAAAAAAACAAGCCCACGGGAAAUAUAGAGAGGGAUAGAGGAGGGGGGAUUCGAGCGCCUCUUGUUCGAUUUCUUGCCCUCCCCCGCCUCCGUCCUCUCGAUAUCACCUUCCAGCCCUCGGAUCUCCCACCAGAGUUCAGGAUUGUAAAUUUUGGCAGCAAUUUAGAAAUAAAUGGAUACGCCCUCCCCACCACCUCAUCCAGGAUAUACUGCUGCAGUUGCUUCCCCGAGCACACCUACACCUCAUCCUGAAAGGCGACCAACCCCGCCUGCUUUCUCUUCUCCAGUAUCAACCAGAUUUUCUCCUCAGAGACCCCUAUAUGAGCAGCCCCCUUUGUCUUCAUCCAGAACACCAAGCUCACUGUCAUCUGGAGAUGGAGCUCAGACUGGUAGUAAUCCUGUUUCCCAGUUCAGUACUCCUCCUGGCCCGCCUGUCUUCUCUUCACCACUACGCCCAGCUGCCGUGCCUUUCCGGACAUCACCAGCAACUCCUCAGCCAGUGCCUUUUUCUUCGGGCUCUUCUUUGCCCACAUCGUCUCCACCGCUUUAUACUAAUGGAUCCUAUGAGUUGCCUGUGCAUCAUGCUGCUGGGGUUGAUGAGUCCAGUUUUGAAUCACCAUAUGUACUCUUUUCUGCUCACAAGGUGUUGAAACACAAGAAGCUAGCAAAUGUUCCAAGUCUGGGAUUUGGAGCAUUGGUCUCGCCUGGGAGGGAGAUUGCACCUGGUCCUGAGGUAGUACAACGUGACCCACACCGUUGCCAAAACUGCGGAGCUUAUGCAAACCUUUAUUCUGAGAUUUUAAUUGGUUCAGGGCAGUGGCAAUGUGUAAUUUGUAAGAAACUAAAUGGCAGUGAUGGGGAAUAUAUAGCCCCAAGCAAGGAAGACCUUCGACACUGGCCAGAACUCUUAUCUUCAGCAAUUGAUUAUGUUCAGACUGGAAACAAACGGCCAGGUUAUAUUCCUGUUUCUGACUCACGAAUGACUGCACCCAUUUUUCUAGUCAUAGACGAAUGCCUGGAUGAAGCACACCUCCAGCAUCUGCAAGGAUCUUUGCAUGCUUUUGUUGAUUCCCUCCCGCCUACUACAAGAAUAGGUAUCAUUACUUAUGGACGAACAGUGUCGGUUUAUGACUUUUCAGAGGGUUCAAUGGCAUCAGCUGAUGUGCUUCCAGGUGACAAAUCACCUUCCCAAGAAUCUAUAAAAGCACUAAUUUAUGGGACUGGUGUUUACCUGUCACCUAUACAUGCCUCGCUUCCUGUUGCUCACACCAUAUUUUCAUCUCUGAGACCAUACAAGCUUAAAUUGCCAGAAGCAUCCAGGGACCGAUGCCUUGGUACAGCAGUGGAGGUUGCUCUAGCAAUAAUUCAAGGGCCAUCAGCAGAAAUGUCUCGAGGAAUUAUUAAAAGGCCAGGAGGCAAUUGCAGAAUUUUGGUUUGUGCUGGUGGUCCGAAUACCUAUGGUCCUGGGUCGGUUCCUCACUCGUUUAAUCAUCCUAAUUAUGCAUACAUGGAGAGGAAAGCUAUGAAGUGGAUGGAGCAUGUUGGUCAGGAGGCACAUAGGCAUGACACUGUAGUUGAUAUUCUCUGUGCUGGAACAUGUCCAGUGAGGGUUCCUAUUCUGCAACCACUAGCAAAAAGUUCUGGUGGCGUGCUGAUACUUCAUGAUGACUUUGGUGAGGCAUUUGGUGUUAAUUUACAGAGAGCAUCUAUUAGGGCUGCUGGUUCCCAUGGAUUAUUUGAGAUACGCUGUUCAGAUGAUAUUCUUGUGACCCAGGUCAUUGGACCAGGCGAAGAAGCACCAGCAGAUGUUCACGAAACAUUUAAGAAUGACUCUUCUUUUUGUAUUCAAAUGCACAGUGUCGAAGAAACUCAAACCUUUACCCUAUCCAUGGAAACAAAAGGUGACAUUAAGAAUGACCAUGUUUACUUCCAAUUUGUUGUUCGUUAUUCAAAUGUCUAUCAAGCAGACAUUUCUAGGGUGAUUACUGUGAGGCUUCGUACUGUGGAUAGUGUAUCUGCAUAUCUGGGAAGCAUCCAGGAAGAUGUGGCUGCAGUUCUUAUUGCCAAGAGGACUCUCUUGCAUGCCAGAACUGCUUCUGAUGCAGUCGAUAUGAGACUGACAGUAGAUGAGAGAGUUAAAGAUAUUGCUGUAAAAUUUGGGUCUCAGCUACCGAAAUCAAAGCUAUAUCGGUUCCCAAAGGAGCUAUCAUCAUUGCCUGAGAACUUAUUUCAUCUAAGAAGGGGACCACUCUUAGGAAAUAUUGUUGGUCAUGAAGAUGAAAGAUCUGUCUUGAGAAAUUUGUUCUUGCAUGCUUCUUUUGAUUUGUCUCUUCGUAUGUUGGCACCUCGUUGUCUAAUGCAUCGUGAAGGUGGCACAUUCGAGGAGCUGCCAGCAUAUGAUCUUGCCAUGCAGUCUAAUGCUGCAGUUGUGCUUGACCAUGGAACAGAUGUUUUCAUAUGGUUGGGUGCUGAGCUUGCAGCUCAAGAAGGGAAAAGUGCUGCAGCUUUAGCCGCAUGCAGAACAUUGGCAGAGGAACUCACUGAAAACCGCUUUCCAGCUCCUCGGAUCCUUGCAUUCAAAGAGGGGAGCUCUCAGGCAAGAUACUUCGUCUCUCGGCUGAUACCAGCCCACAAGGAUCCUCCUUAUGAGCAGGAGGCAAGGUUCCCUCAGCUGCGGACAUUAACUCCAGAACAGAGGACGAAGUUAAAGAGCAGCUUCCUUCACUUUGAUGAUUAUAGCUUUUGCGAGUGGAUGCGUAGCCUGAAAUUGGUGCCCCCUGAACCAAGCUAAUAAUCUGUGGGCAGCUGGAGGCUUUGGAAGAUUCUUUCUUCAAUGCUAGAGUCUUUAUGAUAUAUUUUACAAAUCACCUGCGGAUACUUUGAAAUUUGUUGAAUAUGGAGUCCAUUUUUCAGGAAUCUUGUUUGAUAGUGGUGGAUGGUGGCUGACUUCCUGUUAGGGAUUAAUUUGUUUAAGCUCCUCUACUGAUUUUGCUAUGUAACUAAUUACUGUGGGGUUCCAUUCACAUUGCUUUCAAGAUUUCUUUUAUAGAUCUGAGAUAUUACACUGCAAUAAAAUCUGGUUCGCUAUUCAUAAAUAA